CGAGGGCUCAUUAUGUAUCCAUGACAUCAUCCGAUUCGAGCCGAAACUUUCCGGAAAUUGCCGAUUGUCUCCUUGCGGGCUAUCGCAAGAAGGAGAUUCCCCUAAUAGGAGACAAGCCUAUAGGGGUCCUUCGUAGAAGGACUUCCAUGCGAUCUUGGUCAACCAUUCAUCGUGAUCUGGACGUUUUGCAAUGAGUUUAAAGCAAGGGAAGAACUCAACUGUGUCUCCAGGCCCUCAACAGAUACAAGUACAAGCACAGAGCGGAGGACCUAAUUCCAGAACAUUAAGAGGUGGACCACCUCCAAGACCAGAAGACUAUCACCAGCCGAGAGCAAUCCCAGCAUACACCCAUCCUGGAUCGGCCGCUCAGCAACAGGGCAUUCCACUCCAGCAGGGGAGGCACCCCCACACGGCCCCCUCCCCUCAUGACAUGAACAAGGGCGGGGUGAGUAGCCAGGGCCCCCCUCCCGUGGUGGGCACCCCCCCUACAGGCCCCUCCCCGGGCCCUCAGAUGUCCCAACAGACCCAGAUGUACGCCUCAGUCUCCAUGUCACAGGGACACAGGUCCUCACAGCCGGGAAUGGGCCGACACAUGCAGCAUCACAAGGGAGGUCCGAGACAGAUCCCCAAGCACCAAGGUCCGAGACAAGGACACCAGCCCCAGUACUACAGAAGUUCAGGUCCCACAGCGAACGGCAGAGUGCCGUACCAGACGGGGCCGAGGUACAGCGCUCCCCAGACCGUCACGUCGGCACCGCCCCCGCAGAUGUUCCAGCAUCCCAACCAGAUGAUUCCCGGCCACGUUCCGCAGCAAGCCUACCCACAACCCACCCUGUUCAUCCCGCAACAGUACCCGCCUGUCUUGCAGUACCGGCCGCAGGCCAUCCCCCACUUCCAGCCCCCGCAGCCGACCAUACAGAGCGCCACGGCGUACUUCCAGCCGGCACCACAGGGACCCGGGCCGGGCGGCACCCAGACCACAUACAGGACAGGGGAACAGCUACAAUAUUUCCAGAGCUAUGGUUAUGCUCCCCAGGCCCAGCCCAUGCAGACUACCCAGCAGCAGAGGCCCCCCUCCAUGCCUACAGGACAGAUCACUAUGAUCCAGCAGCCCCCACAGCCGCCCCAGCAGGUAACACCACCACUGCAGCAGCAGCACUCAGCAGCAGCAGCAGCAGUUGCCGCAGAAGCGUGAGAGAAAAAUCAUCAAAAUCACGGACAACACGGGGAGGGACGUGACAGAGGAGAU